AUGCUCCUCGGGGCAUCCUGGUUGUGUACCUCCAAAGGACCACAGAGACCAUCCAAGGGGGAGGAGGAGGAAAGGAGAAGGGAGAGGAGAGGCAGGAGGGAAGGGGGCAGUGGUGGUGGUGGUGGUGGUGGAGAAGAGAUGGAUGAGUCCUCCUUGCUGGAUCUGCUGGAGUGCUCUGUGUGCCUGGAGAGGCUGGAUACGACAGCCCGGGUUCUCCCCUGUCAGCACACCUUCUGCCGGCGCUGUCUGCAGAGCAUAGUCAGCUCCAGGAACGAGCUGCGCUGCCCGGAGUGCCGCAUCCUGGUGGAUUGUGGAGUGGAUGACUUGCCGGCUAACAUCCUACUUGUCAGGUUGUUGGAUGGCAUCCGUCAGAGACCCCGGAGUAGCCCUACAGGAAGCCCCACGGCCACAGGACAUCACAGCAGCAGCAAUAACAGCAACAAUCACAGCAGCAACUGUGCCAGCCCAGGAUGUUCUGCAGCAGGGGGUCUGUCUACUGCCCCCAGCAAUGCCUCCUGCACCCCCAGCAUGAGAGACCUGGCCACUGCCAGCCAGAAUGGAAUUCUAGUGUCAAAGGUAGGCAGAGUUACUUUGUAG